GAGAAACAGGAAGUAGUAACUAGAAGCCCGGCUGAAUGCUAAGCCAUCUGAAUUGCUUGUCAAGUAGCAACAAAGUAGCAGCGUUUAUUCUGAAAUUCUGUGGGCGCCAGUCUGUCCUAGGCAACCCUCAUCAAAGUGCUCAUCCCGUGUCCAGGGAUUUCUCAGAGCAUCACGGUCGAGUAAAGAAUGGCGGGGCAGCUUCGGCUUACGUCAGGGAAGGAUGAAGAUCAUUUUCAACACCAGGGAGCAGUGGAGCUACUCGCGUUUAAUUUUUUGCUCAUCCUUACCAUUUUAACAAUCUGGUUAUUUAAAAAUCAUCGAUUCCGCUUCUUGCAUGAGACUGGAGGGGCGAUGGUGUAUGGCCUCCUAAUGGGAUUAAUUUUGCGGUAUGCCACAGCACCAACUGAUAUUGAUAGUGGAACUGUCUACAAUUGUGGGAAGCUGUCCUUCAGCCCAUCAACUCUACUAGUCAACAUCACUGACCAAGUUUAUGAAUAUAAGUACCAGAGAGAAAUCAACCAGCACAACAUCAGCCCCCACCAAGGCAACGCUAUACUGGAGAAGAUGACGUUUGACCCAGAAAUCUUCUUCAACGUUUUGCUGCCCCCCAUUAUAUUUCAUGCAGGAUACAGUCUGAAGAAGAGACACUUUUUUCAAAACUUGGGAUCCAUUUUAACGUAUGCCUUCUUGGGAACAGCCAUCUCCUGUGUGGUCAUAGGGUUAAUUAUGUAUGGCUUUGUGAAGGCCAUGGUGCAUGCUGGCCAGCUGAAGAGCGGAGACUUCCAUUUCACUGACUGUUUAUUUUUUGGUUCGCUGAUGUCGGCUACAGACCCAGUGACAGUGCUGGCCAUUUUCCAUGAACUACAUGUGGACCCCGACCUGUACACACUGCUGUUUGGGGAGAGCGUGCUGAAUGAUGCGGUGGCCAUAGUCCUCACAUACUCUAUAUCCAUCUAUAGUCCCAAGGAGAAUCCCAACGCGUUUGACACCGCAGCGUUCUUCCAGUCCGUGGGCAAUUUCCUUGGGAUCUUUGCCGGCUCCUUUGCAAUGGGUUCUGCGUAUGCAGUUGUUACUGCACUGUUGACCAAAUUUACCAAGCUCCAUGAGUUCCCAAUGCUGGAGACAGGCCUGUUUUUCCUCCUUUCUUGGAGUGCCUUCCUGUCUGCAGAGGCUGCCGGCUUAACAGGCAUAGUUGCUGUUCUCUUCUGUGGAGUCACACAGGCACAUUACACCUACAACAAUCUGUCAUCGGAUUCCAAACUGAGGACCAAACAGCUGUUUGAAUUUAUGAACUUCCUGGCUGAGAAUGUCAUCUUCUGCUACAUGGGCCUGGCUCUGUUCACCUUCCAGAAUCACAUUUUCAAUGCUCUUUUUAUACUCGGAGCCUUUCUAGCAAUUUUUGUUGCCAGGGCCUGCAACAUUUACCCCCUCUCCUUCCUCCUGAAUCUGGGCAGAAAGCAGAAGAUUCCCUGGAACUUUCAGCACAUGAUGAUGUUUUCAGGUUUGCGAGGUGCCAUCGCCUUCGCCCUGGCCAUCCGCAACACAGAAUCUCAGCCUAAACAAAUGAUGUUCACCACCACCCUGCUCCUCGUGUUCUUCACUGUCUGGGUAUUUGGAGGAGGGACCACCCCCAUGCUGACGUGGCUUCAGAUCAGAGUUGGUGUGGACCUGGAUGAAAAUCUGAAGGAAGAGCCCUCCUCACAGCAGGAAGCAAAUAAGUUGGAUAAAAACAUGACGAAGACAGAGAGCGCACAGCUCUUCAGGAUGUGGUAUGGAUUUGACCACAAAUACCUGAAACCCAUCUUAACACACUCAGGCCCUCCUCUGACCACCACAUUGCCAGCAUGGUGUGGCCCCAUCUCCAGGCUGCUCACCAGUCCUCAGGCCUAUGGGGAGCAACUGAAAGAGGAUGAUGUGGAAUGUAUCGUCAACCAAGAUGAACUCGCCAUGAAUUACCAGGAGCAGAGCCUCUCACCCAGCAGUCCUACCACAAAGCUAGCUCUGGACCAGAAGUCUCCAGGCCAGACUCCAGGCAAGGAAAACAUCUACGAGGGAGACUUGGGCCUGGGAGGCUAUGAACUCAAGCUCGAGCAGACUCGGGGUCAACCCCAGAUGGACUAACUGGUAUGAUGAGUGCAGACAUAAUCACAUGUAACUCAAGACCACUGAGGAAUGCCAACAGCCGAGGAGGUGGUGCAGAGAGAGACAGAAAGAGUAUUAAGAACAUUAAUUGGACAGAAUCAAACCUUAUCACAUGUAUCCUCCCGUGCCUUCAGAAAUGAAAAUUCAUUAUCUUCCCUCUGUAUUAUGUAACCUCAUUUAAUUAUCUGACAGCCAUUUUUACUGCUGAAUUGGGGGCCAGGGGAGUCAGGUCUAGCUGCCAUUGGGAUGAACCAUAUGUGCUGUGUCUGCAGGGGGUUCCUUCUGUUCCUCAGACAGCUCUUCAGGCCUUCAUGUGGAUUUUGGAUUCUAUUCCAUUAAUUAUGGAACAUUAAUAACAUGAAGAAGAAGGAGGAAAAAAAGCUCCUGAGUAUAAACGAUAAGCCUUAUCUCUUAACUUGACUCCAUUUGUUCUGACCAGAGGGCUAAAUGCAGAGCCAGUGAGUGUUCAGUACCCACUAUUGAUGGCCUCAGAGAAUUCACAUGAGUCAAGGGCCCUGUUGUCCUUUCUGGCACUCUCUCCUUCCCACCACUCCAAGGAGCUGCUUGCCUCCAUGUGUGUGUAUGUUAAGUGCAGGCUCUUGCCAGCUUAAGGGGAGACUUUCCAGGGAAAGCUGGUCUCUUUCCCACAUUCUGUGUUUUGACUCAAAUGGUGAGCCUCUCUUCCUUGUGUGCACUGGGACAACUUCUUGGCAGGUUCCCUCUGCAUACUGGGAAGUCAUGUUUUGCAGCAUGCCCCUUCCCACAUGGGAGUGGGGGAUUGUGCAGGAGCCCUCACCUGUUCCAAUUCCAAUAUUUGUGACUGAUUGGCAACAGAGAAGCUAAAAGAACGGGGCUAAUGACAUUUAGGCCACACCAAGGCACCAAGGACAAGCACCAAUCAGGACCCACCCCCUUCCCAGAGUGGCACGAGGUUGCAGUGAAGAGACCAACACAAUAGCUUUUAAUUCAGCUGCAUGACAUGUGCCUUUGAAGCCAUAAGAUACCUCAAGCCUAGCUUCUCCUGAAAUGCAGAUGUUCUGUUAGGCUCCAAAGAGCAGGCUUCGGACUUGGAGCCCAAGACAUGAUAGACUUGAUUUUGAGGGAGAUGGAGAAUAAUUUCUUCCUCAGGCCCAAAGGCUAAAACUAAUGCAUGCUUCACUGAGCACUUCUUAGGCCUUAGACCUGUGGUAUCAGGUAUCCUGCCUGCAUGUCUGUUUUCUUGCUUCCAAAUAGUAGAAACUGGGAGAAACUUUUAUACUCAACUGAAUAAAAUCUUGUAAUUUCAGGUUAAUAUGGCAAGUAGAGAAAUUUUCUAAUUUGACAUCAUCCUAAAUAAAAUUUUGUUAUGGAGUA